AUGGCCUCCUUCGAGGAAGACUCCGACCUCCAGGAGGAGUCGGACGACUACAGCUACGAGUCCGGGGAGGACGACAACGCCUCCGACUCGGAGGCGGAGACGUCGCCGCCGCAGCAGCCCUACCCGGUGUCCUUGUCGGAAGAGGAGGUCGCGUCGGAGGCGCGCCGCCGCGCGACGGCCGUGCAGCGCGCCCUCGGCUGCUCGGCCUUCGCGGCGCGCGUCGCGCUGCGGCUCGGCCGCUGGCAGCACGCCGCGGCCGUCCGCGACGCCGCGGCGCCUGACGCGCCGGCCGCGGACGACGGGAACUCGUGCGCCGUCUGCUACGGCGACGGCCUCGCGCUCGUCGCCAACGAGCGCUGCGGCCACGGCUUCUGCGGCGACUGCUGGCGCGGCUUCCUCGCCGUGGCGCCGGGCCUCGACGCCGGCUGCCCGUCCGCGGGCUGCGGUCGGCUGCCGUCCGACGCCGUCGUCGCGCGCGUCUUCGGCGCGGAUUCCCCGGAGGCGGCGCGGCGCGCGGCGCUCUGGGCGAACUCGCUCGUCGACGACGGGGCCGACGCGCGCUGGUGCCCGCGGGGCUGCGGCCGCGCCGUGCUCUUCGACGCGUCCGGCGACGCCGCGCGGUGCGCGGAAGCGCGGUGCGACUGCGACGACUCCAACCGCUUCUGCGGCCGCUGCGGCCUCGACGCCCACGCGCCGGCGACCUGCGAGGACGCCGUCACGUGGGUGCGCAAGCGCGAGGAGGACGCGACCGUCGCCGCCGACGCCGCG